UUUCUCCUCUCCUUCGACGCCUCUUCGCCGUUACCUUCUCCUGCCUUUCCCGUCGGAUUAGGCUCGAUCUCGGGCCGUGUUAGAAAGGCGGUGUAUAAAAGGGAUCGACGUAAAGCAAGGUGCACGUCUGCUUCAAGUAUCGCAUCAGGAUGUACACGCUUAUGGUAUUGUGCAUGGCUGCAGCCGUCUCGGCUGGCCUGCAGCAUAACUACCAGUCUCAAGAUGGGGGUGCAGUAAUUCAGCGUACAGAGGACGGCGCGCAGGCCGCUCCGGUAGAAAUUCUGAAGGACGAGCGCGAGGGCCCCGAUGCGUCUGGCGUCUACAGCUUCAGCUUCGAGACUGCUGAUGGCAUCAGUCGGCAAGAGAAUGGCCAGCCCUCGGGGGAUACGGGUGCGGUUGCCUCGCAGGGCGAGUGGACAUUCACCUUCCCCGACGGAACGCACGCCUCCUUCUCGUUCACCGCCGACGAGAGCGGUUACCAUGUCGAUUCCGACCUGCUGCCCACGCCCCACCCUCUCCCCGCCUUCGCUCUCGCUCAGGUAGAGAAGGCUAAGCAAGAGCAAGCUGCUGCAGCUGCUGCAGCUGCUGCGUCACAUUCUGCCCUUGGAGCUGCACCAGCAGGUACCACGGGGACCCUUCACGCUGCAUCAGGCCCUGCCCUGGUCCCUGCCUUUGCCCCAGCACCCGCUCCUGUCCAAACACUAGUGUCAGCCCCUGCCUCUGUCCCUGGAAAUCUAUAUAAUGUUGCUGGGAAGUAGACCAGACGUUGGGGUUUAUUUCCGCUCACUUUCCCUUUUUUUUAUUCAGCUGUCUUCCAUCACGCCAAUAACCUUUUCUGUUUAAUGUCAGUUUUCCACUCUCUCACUUUCGUUGUUAGACUGAUAUACAUACAAAUAUAUAUAUUAUCACAUAAAUUGGCAUGAUAUGCUUUUGCUGUUUAGUUAUUUUGUUAUAUAUGUGCAGGACCACGAACAAGACCGGGGUGACGCUAUGAUAAAAUAAAGAGUUCUAAACUGA